GUGUGAUAAGCCGCAUUUUUUGUUCCCUCCUAUAACUACUUGUAGUGAUUGUAUCCUGCAAACUGGGAUACGAUAUUUUACUGUGUUUUAGUUCUCCACUCUAUUGAAGGCGGGCUAAUUACUUGAGAUCGUGUUUUUGUGCUGCAAUGUCAGAGAAGAAGGCAGAUGUCCCACAGUUGUCGACAAGGAACUGGGUUCGAGUCACAUUGACAGCCGCCAGUGUCAAACCACUUGAGAAAGUCACUGAUGGUCUUAUCAAGAAGGCGAAAGAUCAAAAUCUGAGGGUUAAGGGCCCUGUACGUAUGCCAACAAAAGUGUUACGAAUCACUACGCGAAAAACACCAUGUGGUGAGGGCUCAAAGACUUGGGACAGGUUUCAGUUCAGGAUUCACAAGCGUGUAAUUGACCUAUUGUCGACGGAUGAAGCUACCCAACAGCUUAAACACAUAUAUCUAGAGCCUGGUGUUAACUGUGAUGUUAAAGUCGCAGGAGAUUUGUAAUUUGUAAUAAAGUUUUCUUAACGGAUAUGUAGCUUGCUUUUUAUCUCGAAAGAUCAAUGUAGUUAAGACAUCCUAGCGUGGGUUAAUAUUAUUCAGGCAUGCCUCGAAUGAUAAACUUUUGUAGUUAUGUUUUUAAAUAUCAACAUUCUAAAGUGAUAUGUCAUGUAUAGCGACUGAACUUGUGGUGAUUAUUAGUAAUGUUUAUUUGUGCGAACAGCAACCCAGAACUUUGUUACUUAUUAUCGGCGAGCUCAUGUCUGUUGGAGUUAAUGGUUAUAUUUAAUUUGGAGCGCUUCACUAUCUGAAUUGAUAAACGCUGAUCAUAACCAUUUGAUUCUCAAUCGUUGUGCUUGGUUUUUUUCCCCAUAUUCUUCGAUCAUAGCUACAGGUUACUUCGUCGUGGACUUUAGCAAGAUUGUCCUAUCUCUUGAGUUUGUUAUGUCUCGAACUUACCCUAUAUUCGCACAUGCUAGUGGUUUGUAACGACUUUCUUAUGUAUAGGAACGUCAUGAUUUUGUAUCAAUCUAGUUUAUAAGCCGAGUCUUUAAUUAUAUAUUUGGAGCAACUUACAUUCUUUAACAUCAAAACUGGUUGGGGUCGCAUUAUGUCAUCCACAUAUUAGUAAAAUACGACGCCGUCGUGAGUGAAAUGCCG